AUGCUCACCUUCCUUGCUGUCAGCGCUCUUUCUCCAGCGGUGCUGGGGAGUCUCCGUCGUCUCCAAGUCAGCACGACCACGUCGCCUCCUGCCACCACGACUCCAACAAGUACGGUCGACAUUGCCACUUUGCAGAACACUUGUGACAUCUACUGCCAGGGGCUCAAUGGUGGUGCCUCUUAUUGUAAACUGGAUCUGAGCCCACCGAUUUGUCAUGGGGGAGAUCAGCCUUGUGGUACGGUCGCUAUCUGCGGUCCUCCUGUAACAGUUACACCGACUGAUGUGGUUCCUACUGGUGAUGGAACGUAUGAGCCAGCCUGUGACACGAUGUGCCAGAGUCUCAAUGAUGAGGCUUCGUAUUGUAAGUGGUGGCUCCCUCGUCCAACCUGCCUCGGUGGCGAUCAGCCAUGCGGUGAUCAAACUAUCUGUACUUCCCAGACGUGGCCUCCUGCCCCCACACCGUCUCUUCCCGCUGGUGCCCACCCUCAUGAGUCUGCCCCUUGCAACGAAUAUUGCGUCGGACUUAAUGGACCAUCUUCGUUCUGUAAGUGGUGGAAGAAUGAGCCUGUCUGUCAGGGGGGCGAUCAGCCCUGUGGUGUACCGGAUUGCCCUACCGGUACCCCCGCUCCCACCGAAGGCCCGCCGGACUCCCAUGCUGGCCCCAGCCCAAACUGCGAUGCCUACUGUACUGCUAUCAACCCCGGUCUCUCCGGUGAUCGCGUGUCGUACUGCAAGUGGUGGCUCCACGUGCCCGUCUGUUAUGUUGGGGAUCAGCCUUGCGGUCCAAGCGUAUGCAGCGACUUCGGGGAGACUACAACCCCGACCCCUAUCACUACUGGAGCGACUACAUCUGUGACGCCAACUAUCCAGAUCACCAGUACUGCUGCUCCUACCACACAAACGACCAUGCCGUCAGCCUCGACCACUCAGACGGCUACUACUGUCGUUCCAACCACUCAGGGGGCUACUACUGUCUCUCCGACGACUCAGGCUGUCACUACUGUCGCUGCGACCACACAGGCGGCCACGACUACCGUUCCAACCACACAGGCGGCUACUACUGUCGUUCUAACCACACAGGCGGCUACUACUGUCGUUUCAACCUCUCAGGGGGCUACUACUCUCUCUCCGACGACUCAGGCUGUCACUACUGUUGCUGCGACCACACAGGCGGCUACUACUGUCGCUCCAACCACACAGGCGGCUACUACUGUCGUUCCAACCACUCAGGGAGCUACUACUGUCGUCCCAACCACUCAGGGGGCUACUACUGUCUCUCCGACGACUCAGGCUGUCACUACUGUCGCUGCGACCACACAGGCGGCCACGACUACCGUCCCAACCACACAAGCGGCUACUACUGUCGUCCCAACCACUCAGGGGGCUGCUACUGUCUCUCCGACGACUCAGGCUGUCACUACUGUCGUUCAAACCACACAGGCGGCUACUACUGUCGUUCCAACCACACAGGCGGCUACUACUGUCGUUCCAACCACUCAGGGAGCUACUACUGUCUCUCCGACGACUCAGGCUGUCACUACUGUCGUUCAAACCACACAGGCGGCUACUACUGUCGUUCCAACCACACAGGCGGCUACUACUGUCGUUCCAACCACUCAGGGAGCUACUACUGUCGUUCCAACCACUCAGGGAGCUACUACUGUCGUCUCAACCACUCAGGGGGCUACUACUGUCUUUCCGACGACUCAGGCUGUCACUACUGUCGCUGCGACCACACAGGCGGCUACUACUGUCGCUCAAACCACUCAGGCGGCUACGACCACCGUCCUGACCACUCAGGCGGCUACGACCGCCGUCCUGACCACUCAGGCGGCUACCAGCGUCGUUCCGACCACUCGGGCGGCUACAACUGUCGCUGUGGCCACACAGGCUGUCACCACUGUGCCUCCGACCACUCAAGUUCCGACCACUACCCAGGCUCCCCCCUAA